GUUCUGCGUCAUGGUCCCCCGCGCUCUCUUUUCCAUAUGCAAUGUGAGGAUACUGAAACUGUUUACUAAGAAUUCAAUACAGCCCCCGUAGAGCUCACCAAAACACGCGCAUAACCUCUCUUUCUUCGUUUAAUCGACCACUCAACUCAGCUUGCGCAUCAAGCAUGGCGAGCCACAGGCGCACGAAAGACAUCUCGUACGAUGAGGAUGAUUUGGACGACUAUGACGAAGACUAUGGCGAUGGAGAUUAUGGCGAAGAUGAACAACUCCGACAGUGUACCGUAAAAGUAAAAUCAGCAUUAGGCUCAGAGUACAUAAUCUCGGAUCAAGAAAUUCAGGAGGCAUUGUGGCACUACUAUUAUGAUAUACACAAGUCCAUCACAUAUCUGAAGAAUAAGCACGCGACUCCGACCACGAAUCUCAAGCAACCGAAAGUAACAAAACCGGCCUCUAAGUUUGACCAAGCAGUGACCGCUGCGGCAAGGGCGGUUCCUAAAGCUAUCAAAGAUCCAGUACCUUCGACCUCGUAUCCGCUUCCGAGGCCGUUGCCUGCUACAUUAUUGUAUGCUGUUGAUGUGACAAACUUUUUUGAAGAUACUCCGUGGCUCGCUGUUCCUCCUCACAGAACGAGCAACAUGAUCAUCCAAUCAAAGGUUCCUCGUGGCGGUCUACUCGGAGGUUCAUCCAAGCCUUCCAAGCUGGCCGCUCUCGCAGCUGCAAGGAAGAAGAAGCAACAGGAGCAAGAAGAAUCCAGAUCGGGUACUCAGAAUGCUACCAGAGAGGCGGCCCGCGCCGUGUCGAUGCUUGAUCGCCUUGGGGACAAACAGAAGCCGUCAUCUGAUGCAGCUAUCGAUAUGCUGAAACCGCAACCCAUUACCGUAGAUAGUGAGGUCAUAUCUCAGCAGAAACAAUACCCAGUCCGGAUUAAAAAAAGUCAAAGCCCUCCUCCAAUACAGGUACAGCCUCGGACGUCGGACGAACAGCCUCCUGAACCCGAAUUCGAAGUUUCUGAUCUGGUCGCACAUCCCUCCAUAUUUGCUACGACGGUAGCUGGGCACCAAUCCAGCCAGAUGGAUUUUUUUCCUUUGCCUCAUGUUUCCAGCGUGUUUCCAUUAUAUGUACCCCGAGAGGAGGCAUUUGCUAAAAGUAAUCCAUUCCUAGGACCAAGCCCUGACGAUGUCGUAACGUCCGCCCAAUCACAGUCCAAAGGUUCGAUCCAGCAGUAAAGGUCUGAAGAAUGUCCACUGAUAUUAAUCAGGAAAUCUUGGCAAGAGCACAACGUCCAAAGUUGGGGACGCGAGCAACGAUGCCGGAGGUCUCGCCAAUGGUGUUGCAAAGAUCACUGUGGAAGAAUCUGUGAGGAUCAAAAGCAAAAACCUCGACGUUAAAAAAGAGUUCGAGAGAUCGAACAUGAAGCGAGCAAUGAAUUUCGUUGUCAUUGGUAA